UAUGUACACUGCUAAAUGUCCCCUCAGGCUUCAGGUAAACGUGAGGAAAUACACGUCAACAAGAAUAAAGGUGGCAUUCAGGUGACAUUCAAAUUCAUUAUGGCAGGAUGCAUCAAUCAAGCAAAUGUGAAGUUCUCAAACAUGUUUCGUCAAGGAAGCGGCGUGUACAGAGACCUGGCCCAGGAUCCGGAUCAGGAUCAGAUGGACAAUAGUCAUGAGAUCUCAGUGGAGAUGAAGUCCUCGGCUGAGGGAGAAGAGGAAGUGGUCAGAUCUUUUAGUCAGAAUCUGCAGAAAUCUCCUAACAGGAAGUGGAGCAACUUGGCAAAGAUUACUGUCCUCGUUAUCUUUGUCUUUAUCACUGGGUACCUUGUCGGUUAUGUGUCGCACCGUAAGCCACGCAUCAGCAUGAACGCUGUGCCAACUGUGGACACUGUGACAACUGUGGACACUGAAACCUCUAACCACUACAAACCCUCUCAGCCCUUUGUGGACUGGAACAGCGUCGCAGAGGCACUGAGAGAGAACCUCACACCUGCAGCCAUGGACAAAACCUUGCAAGAGAUUUCCUCUCAGGACCUUCAGGCUGGCAGCGAUGGAGAACGCGUCCUGGGCCAGAAGUUGUUGGAGAAGUUCAGGGCUUUCGGGAUGGACCACUGGAUGGACGUGCACUACGUGAAGCUGCAGGUGCCGUCGGGGGAGAACAAAGUGCUGAUGGGGUCUGAGGUGGUCGGAAGUCCAAAGGGGUAUUUAGCCUACAGCGCAACAGGAACCAAACAGGGAAAGGUGGUGUACGCUAACUACGGCCGAAGAGAAGAUCUGGAGACCCUUAAGAACCAGGGAAUAAACCUGGGAGAGAAGAUUGCGCUGAUGAGAGCUGGAAAGAUCAGCCUGGCUGAGAAGGUAGAGAAUGCGGAACAGUUCGGUUUAGCUGCGGUUCUGAUUUAUCAGGAAACGAGUAACGAGAGAGAACUCAACACCGAGCUCUACGGCCAGGUUCACCUCGGAACAGGAGAUCCUUACACUCCAGGGUUUCCUUCCUUCAACCACACCCAGUUCCCUCCUUCUGCAUCCUCAGGUCUUCCUAAGAUCCUGGCUCAGACCAUCACCGCCGAAACAGCUCGCAAAAUCCAUCUGAGGAUGAAAGGAAAGGAUGCACCCUCAGAUUUCUCUGGAACGCUGCCAGGCGUCAGUAAAUACACACUGGGAGGAGAGAUGAACGUCACUGUGACGGUUAAUAACGUCCUCGUCGACACCGAGAUCCAUAACAUCUUCGGCAUCAUUAAGGGCUUCGUCGAUCCAGAUCGCUACGUGGUGCUCGGUGCUCAGAGAGACGCGUUCGGCGGCGGAUUCGCCAAGUCCACCGUCGGCACGUCGCUGCUGGUGGAGCUCGCUAGGGCCGUCACUAACAUGCUGAAAGCUGGCUUUAAGCCGAGGAGGAGCAUCGUGUUUGCCAGCUGGAGUGCCGGAGAUUUCGGCAGCGUCGGUGCUACAGAGUGGCUUGAGGGUUAUCUCUCCUCACUGAACCUCAGAGCCUUCACCUACAUCAGCCUGGACGCCACUGUGUCUGGUAUAAAGCAGUUCAAAGCCUCCUCCAGUCCACUGUUACACAAACUUCUGAAGAACACGAUGAAUGAGAUGAAGAGUCCUCGGAACACUGCCUUCACCCUCUCUCAGGAUUUUUCUUCUCCAGACUGGACCAAAUUAGUUCUGGAGCCCAUGAAGAUGGAGGACGGAGCCUAUCCUUUCCUGGCCUUCUCUGGAAUCCCCUCCAUGUCCUUCCGCUUCGUCUCAGACUACGAGACUUCAGACUACAAGUAUUUUGGAACAUUUCUGGACACCAGAGAAAGUCUGAACCAGGCCACCGAGGGGAAGCUUCUGAACGUCUGUGUGUCUGCCGCUCAGAUGGCAGGACAGAUGGCGCUGCGGCUCGUCCAUGAUCACUUCCUCAAUCUGGACGUUAGCGAGUACAAGAAGGUCAUCAUGAGCAACGUCCUUAAGAUCACCAAAGAGAUCAGAAACGUUGAAGCACUCAGUGUGAAUUCGUCCUCAGUCCUGAAAGACAAGUGGCUGUAUUUUGCGAUCGGCUCGUUCUCUCGCGCCGUUUCUGUCCUGAACAACGAUAAAAUCAACAGUGAUCUGGAUGACGCCGAGACGUGCCGCAACAUCAACGACCGUAUUAUGAGGGUGGAGCACAACCUCUUGUCUCCGUACGUCUCCCCGAGGGACGUCCCGUUCCGUCACAUCAUCUUCGGCUCUGGUGAUUACAGCGUCAGCACUCUGCUCCAACAUCUCCGUGCCCUCAAACAGCAGGCCGUGGGUUCUGAUGCCGAUUUGUUCCGGAACCAGUUUGCACUGAUCACCUGGACCAUCCAGAGCUGCGCUAACGACCUAACGGGAAACAUCUGGGCUUCGAACAACUGAUGACCGGCGUCUCUGCGCCAGGCUCGGCUCCGUCCGAGGGCGCGUUAAAAUCCACACAUCUCAGUAACGCUCACCUAUUACAUAAAAUAAAUAAAAAACACACACCCAGGUCAUUGCUACAAGCUAAUAAUCUAAAGCUAACGUUAAAGUUUUCAUGGAGGUUUAGACGAUAAUCAUUUAGUGCUGGGCGACUGAUAGCAUAGCGACAUUACAAUAAAUAUUCCAACAAAUUCCUCCGUACUGCAUAAUUUAUCAUCAGCUGCUUUAACAAAAUACUGAAACACUCAAAGUAUGAACCUCGUUUAUUAAUCAGACUUUAAUUUUCGGGGUUUGAGGUCAGUGGGGUUUUUGUUUUGUUUAUUGUUUUGAACUUUUUUUUUUUUUUUAAUAAUUCAUAUAUGGCAGUAUAUUUGUAGUCGUAUCGCCCAGCCACGAGGUCAAUUAUUUAUUUACGUUAUUUCUGAAUCCUGCUGUUUUUAAUUAACAAGCUGGUUAUUUUGGAUAAUCAGCAGGAAUUCGGGUGAAUCGGGUGAAUAUAACCUGCUGAAGCACACACAUGUGCACUCGUUUCUCAGGUUCCGACUCAGUUAGUUGUGUCCUGACGGGUACGAAUUGGAAGCUGAUCGGAUCUUUAAUUCUGAUUCAUUCACUUGCACUUAAUCGAGUUUCCAAACUAAAUCCCUGGCAGGGGAAAAAAAAGGCUGCUUUUGGAUCAUCUGGUUAUUUUUUUGACCUGUUUUGCACGAAGAGAAAUGUGUUUGUCUGUUAUUAUUUAUUUAUCAGUGACAGUGUUCACUAUAAAUGUGAUUUUGUACUUUUUUUUACAUUAUCGGAAGCAGUGUCUUCCAUAAUUGUGACGGUUAUACUGUCAGUUUAUUAAAGCAGCAUCUGCUCUGAGGAAUACACGUUAUCCAACAAGCCGUCACCAGAAAUCAGCACACGCUCGCUCGCCUUUCCAGACCUGUAGGGUCUCGUCCCUGCUUCACAAACUUACUGUUAAAAUUCCAGUUUAAAGACAAAAAUUCACACCACUUUUGUGAUGCACUUUGUCACAACAAAUGUGUUAGAAACCUUUGAGAUUUAAGUAGUGAGGCGUGUGUUUAUCUAAAACAACCGCUUUGAUCUUUUAUGGUUUCACACACAAUUCUCUUAUUAAAAUAUUAAAAGUGAUCACUAUUUUAUUCCAGAUUCGACGUUGUGGCUUCUCAGCUAAAACAACUCGCUCUGACAUAGUGUUUUGAUCCCACAGCAUUAUUCCAAAGCGUCCUAUAAAGGUGUUGAUCGAUUCUGUACACCGGCAGCUCUGACGGGUCUAAUCUAGUUUAGUCUAAUCCUAAUGUUACUAAUGUGUUCACAUUAAAAUAAAAAUUCCAUCGUCAGCCACUGGCUCUGAGAUUUCACUCGACAUCACGACGCCUCCAGCACACAGUGACACAGGAAUUAAACUGUAAUGACGAUCAUCACCGUGUCGAUCGGCGUCCGACCGUCAGAGCUGACCUGUGUAGAGAUUUCUGUGACGAAGCUUGGUGUUAUUUCUCGUUCUGAAACAUUAUCGGGAGCAGUGUCUUCCAUAAUGCACCGUGUGAAGGUAGUUUUUGUCUACCAGUGUGUAUUUAUCGAGGGCAGUGUUCCUCAUAUUUCACUGUAGGGUGGAGUCGAUUAUCGGGAACAGUGUUUCCCAUAGUUUUGUACAAGUUUAUGUUGACAUGUUUUCCCUUCCGUUAGUGUGUGCGUAUGUGUGUGUGUGUGUGUGUGAAGAAAUAUCAGUCUUUCUCCUGUGGUACAUUUCAGUUGGUCAGCAUGGUUUUACAUAUUUUGAAAUGCAUUUUAAAUUCAAUAAAUACACUUUUUUUAAUUGGAUGAAUCCAAGAAGAUUGACCCAAAAAAACAGUUAAAAUCUUUGCAGUUUCAUUGUUUAGGCCACAACUGACCACCAGGAGAAACGUCUACACAGGUGUGUGUGUGUGUGUGUGUGUGUGUGUGUGUGUGUGUGUGUGUGUGUAUAUAGAGUGGCUGUGCUUUUUUUUCUUUCCCUUCAGCUUUAACUUUCAGAAGUUUUUUAAGUCUCUUAAGUGUGCUUUCAUGCCUGUUCAUCCGUAUGUCGAUUCUGAAUCAGAGUGAAACUGAUUCUUUUGAUUCCUUUGCCAUUAGUUUUGAUUCGGUUUCAUACUGCACGUCGUUAAACAAAUCAAAAUAAAUAAAAAAAAAACAUUGUCUGCUUAAAAUAUUUAGAAUUUAUUUUCUGCAGAUCUUCAGAGCUCUUUUCUGCUGUACUACAGAUCUGUCCUUUGGUUCAGUUUAGUGCUUCAGUUCAGUUGCGCACUAAAAUGUAUGGAAAAAUAAACGCAGCAUCACAUGGCAUGAUUGAGUUGAGGCUGAGAACAGGACGUGCUGCAGAUGUGAAAACACACUUAAUCAGAGCACUUCUUCAUUUGUGUUUGUGUAGAAGAAAGUUUCACAUAUCUUUGUGGUGGGUUUGUGGAUGUUGGCUUGUUCUUUUAGGCAGAACUCUCUCUCUCUCUCUCUCUCUCUCUGUCUCUCUCUCUUUCUUUCUCUGUCUCUCUCUCCCCCCCUACCUCUCUAUCUCUCUACCUCUCUCUCUCUCUCUCUCUCUCUCUCUCUCUCUCUCUCCCCCUACCUCUCUCUACCUCCCCCCUACCUACCUACCCCCCUUCUCUCUCUCUCCCUACCUCCCUCUCACCCCCUUCUUCCCCCCUCUCUCUCUCCCUCCCCUUCUCUCUCUCCCCUACCUCCCUCUCACCCCCCAUCCCUCUCCCCUACCUCCCUCUCACCCCCUUCUCUAUCCCUCUCCCUUUCACUCUCCCCCCUCUAUCCCCCACCCCAUCCCUCUCCACAUCAGUAUUAGGAACAUUUUGUAAAUGUAUUUGCAUGCAUUGGUUUAAUUGAUUGGAUGAUUUUGAUUGGAUUAUUGGACAGUUGUCUCUUCACACAUGGCUUUUAAUAAGCUACAUUGGCUUCCCAAAGGGACAGAAAUUAUUACAUUUUGCAGUAUUUAGGACAAAAUUCUAAAUCUUAAUAUAAUAUCAGUAAGAGUGAGAUCAGUAAACGAGUCUGUGGUUCCUGAGCCAUGAGAAAGCGUUUGAAGGGUUUCCCCUGAGGCUCAUCACUGCAGACUGUUGGUCAGGUUCAUGGAGGAAUUACAAAUGUUUUGGUCUGAUGUUUCUGAUGUACUUUUCUUCCGUCCAAUAAACAGCUUUUUAUGCUUA